CGUUAACCUUCCCCCCCUCCGACUCUCCAUCCCCUCCCCCUCCUCCACGCUCACUGAUCAUGUUUGAGACAUAGUAUCAUGCUGGUUCUUCAGAAUCAUGGACUUUUGGUCUCGUAUUAUCGGGGGCUCCCGCUCGCUCUCUACUAAGAGCUUUCGGGCAACUACUCCCACAGAGCGAUUGACCUCGUUCAAGCGAACGUGUAAUACUCUACAGCAAAUAUGGCGCUCCAGUAAUUCUCCCUCCGGCGAACAGUCCGCGACAGUCAACGCGCGCAACUGCAUUGAUCGGCUGAUUUCCGUCCUGAGCGACGAGUCCCGUGGCCCAGCCCCUCAUCCAUGCCUCGCAUACGCCUCCUCCUCGCAGAUCUUCGUCACCGUCACCAAACUCGCCCUCUCCUCCUACGACGAUGGCAUGCUCCGCUCUGCGACCGUGUUCUUCAACACUCUGAUCGAUUCUGAGGUCGACGGGGUGGUCGAUAACCGUCUCUUCGCGCGGGCGCUGGUGGAUCUUGUCCGGCGGGCGGACAAGCAUUCAGAAGAUGUGGAAGGGAGACUCGUCGAGCUUCUAUUCGGGGUGGCCAACAACAUCCGCCUGCAACCCAAUAUCCUUCCGGCGUGGUUCGCUCCCCGUUCCGACGAGCAGGUACGGGAACAGCAGAGUAGCAACGGGGCGGAGUUUGCCGGUGCCAUGAGAAAGGAUGACUUUCCGCUGUUCUACCUGCUGGUGGAAUAUGUGCACCACGCGGGCCGCGCUGGCGAUUUCGCUCGCACCGGUCUACUUUACCUGAUCGAGACGGCGUCGAGGUCGAAGAAUCUCGAGCGAUGGCUGAUUGAGAGCGAUCUGGCGACGUUGAUGGCAACCGGUCUGGGCGCGCUGUACAGCCAAUUGGGAAGCUUGACGUUCCCUGAGAACACAGAUGAGAACAUUCCGCAUAUCGUCGCUCUUUCGGACCAUGCCAAUCAAGAAACGGCUCUUCCCCCGCUGCUCGGCCCGUCGAUGGACUCGUUUAUGUCGUAUCUACUGUUUUGGCAGGACACGAUCGACCACUGCAAGUCGGCCGAAGUGAACGGGUCACUGUUGGAUCAUUUCCAGGUACUGUUCCUGGAACAGCUGCUGUACCCAUCGUUGCUCGAAUCUUCAGACGUCGAGGGCGGUUCGACGGCCGCGGUACUUACCUAUCUCUAUCGGAUUCUAGAGUCGGUGAAUCAAGAAGACCUUGUACACCGGAUUCUCCAUUUCCUUCUUGCCUCCCCUUCGGACUCAGAGCCCGUCACCAUCGACAUGUCUGCCAGUCGACGGAAGUCACUAGAUGUGUUGGCUGCGUUUUCCGAAGAAGCCGCGAGACCUUCACCAUCCUUAUUCAACCUCCGAGACCUGACUUUGCUUGGACUUCAGUCGGCUAAUCGUCAGACCACUUUGGCGACACUGCGUCUCAUGACUGUCGUGCUACAGAGACAUCACUCUUUUGCACGGUCGUUGGUCCGGACCGUCCCAGGUCAAUAUGCCAAGCAGCGGACCGUGGGCGCUCUGAACGUCGAGCUUCAAGGACUGCUGGGCAUGGCUACGUCAAUAGUCGACGACCCGACAUUAAAUGAUUCUUAUGACAACUACCUGAAGGAUGGGCUAGCGAUCCUAGAAUCCCGCCUUUGUAUGGCCCUUUCGGAGGACAACCCAGAAGACCACCUUCCUCUCGAACUUCGACAGGAUGACCCUAUCGUGCACGAGCUGCUCCACCGCCUGGGAAACUUCUUCACCAAUAGUGUAGUUGUGAACCUAGCACUUACAGAGGUCUUGGGGAGUAUCGCUGCAUCACAUUUGAUAUCUCUUGAUGGAUGGCUUCUAGUAGAUCCGGCGAAAUAUGUCUACACAGCCGAAGAAACGGGCGCAUCCAAUCUUCUCGACCAAAUCAAGCAUGCUUACGAGGAACCAACGUGGGAUCAAGCCGACACGCCGGCUCUCAAGUCGACCCUUCAGAAGCUCGUGCAAAAAAUCCAAACCUGGCGUCAGGAGAUUCCCGAUUUCGAUAUCCUUGUCGCCGCGCGCCGGGACCUACUCCAUCAGGACGAUGAGCCGGCCCAAACCCCCAACCGCUCACAAGGGGGCUCCCAACCGCCCACCCACUCUCCCUCACAACGACCGAUCCCGCGCGUUGAAUCUGAACACGGCUCACCAACGCCCCGAGGCAGGCCCUCUAGUCGACCCUUCGAUCGAGCCACCGCCAGCCCCUCCCCAACUCGGAAUAGCUCCAGGGACUUUUUCUCCGCCCAAGACCUUCCCUUCCGACCCCCACGAGAAACCUCUGUCGCACGGAAGAAUGCCGCCGACGAACUCCGUCGACGGCUCGAGCAGCCAUUCGCAGUGAACCCUUUUACCCCAGGUGAAACCAUCACCACUGUCACCACCGACAACCUAACUGGACCCACUCCAACUGAGUCCACCUCGGCUGAGGGUGGGAGUUCCGACACCGCUCAGACCCUGGCCCCAACUCCGGCAUCCGAAGGUGUUCCUACGCCUGAUGAACCCCCCACGAAUUCAGCCGUCCUCGACGAAGAGGAUGACCAGCAGGAAGCAACCUUGGGCCAUGUGCUGACCAACGUGAUCUUAUUAUAUGAGUUUCUCCUCGAGGUCUCAGCCAUCGUCCAAGCACGCGGAACCUUGUUUGAGGAGGCCGGAUACCCGGGUCUGGGGAUUGCUCCAGCAGCGGCUCCCCUCGAGAUAGAAUAGUCCUCAGCCACCAGUUCGGAGAAUUGGGGAGGCAACCGGUUCACAAAUCUGGGCAGGUCCUGUGUGAACGAGAUCAAUAACGGUGACAAGGGUUAUAUGUAUUUUCUAUCUACGGCUCGAUGUUCUGGUCCGAAGAGUCCUAGUUAUGUAUUUACUUUCGUCGUAUCUGUCUUAGUAUAUCAUGGUUAGGGCUAGGAUAUAUCAACCGAGGGGAUCGAAUGGAUGUACAGUAUUGCCAUGUCUAUAUCAAGAGUGUUUCAUCACUCUUUUUCUCACUAUUUCCAAGCAUUAGAGCC